GCCACGGUAUAGGUAUAGAGAACUUUUGCAGCCACAGAAGUGGAGGACACCACGGCACCUGGCGGUCUUUAUCUAAACUAUGCCUUCGAAACAUCACCACCAGGCUUAGGUGUUAUGAGAGAAUUGAUGAAAUCAACUGAAUAGAUAGUUUCUCUGUUGCCUGAUACACUUGCUCGAAUGUAAAGCGAGUCAAAGUAAAGAUAGACAUAUUCCAAGUCCAAGUAGCUAAUUCAAAUUCACUCUUCGAUUCAUAUUUGUGUUCGGAGUGGUAGAUCAUCUUGAGACAUUUCGACACCGGUGACUUUUCUUGAGAGUUUCGUAAAAAGUCUCUGAGGCAUGAAAUCUGGAAAUCGGUAAUCUGGCAACUGCCUAACGUUGACGAUACGGUUGAGUCACAAGUGAAGAUGGCCGACGGUGAAUUAAAUGUCGAUAAUUUGAUCUCUCGACUUUUAGAAGUGCGAGGAUGCCGGCCGGGUAAGUCUGUGCAAAUGUCGGAGAUGGAGGUGCGCAGCCUCUGCCUCAAGUCGCGCGAGAUCUUCCUGCAGCAGCCCAUCCUACUGGAGCUGGAGGCGCCCCUGAAAAUCUGCGGCGACAUCCACGGCCAGUACACGGACCUCCUGCGACUAUUUGAGUACGGCGGCUUCCCACCGGAGGCCAACUACCUCUUCUUGGGAGACUACGUCGACCGAGGGAAGCAGUCGCUAGAGACCAUCUGCCUCCUGCUGGCCUAUAAAAUCAAAUACCCCGAGAAUUUCUUCCUUCUGCGCGGAAACCACGAGUGUGCCAGCAUCAACCGCAUCUACGGCUUCUACGAUGAAUGCAAACGGCGCUUCAACAUCAAACUCUGGAAGACGUUCACCGAUUGUUUUAACUGUCUGCCGAUCGCGGCCAUCAUUGACGAGAAGAUCUUCUGCUGCCACGGCGGCCUGUCGCCCGAUCUUCACAACAUGGAGCAGAUCCGACGCAUCAUGAGGCCCACGGACGUGCCAGACACAGGCCUGCUAUGCGACCUGCUGUGGUCGGAUCCGGAUAAAGACGUCCAGGGCUGGGGCGAAAACGACAGAGGCGUCUCGUUCACAUUCGGUGCCGACGUGGUGUCAAAGUUCCUCAACCGGCACGACCUGGAUCUCAUCUGUCGCGCCCAUCAGGUGGUGGAGGACGGCUACGAGUUUUUCGCCAAGCGGCAGCUGGUGACUCUCUUCUCGGCGCCCAACUACUGCGGCGAGUUCGACAACGCCGGCGGCAUGAUGUCCGUCGACGAGACGCUCAUGUGCUCCUUCCAGAUCCUGAAGCCGUCUGAGAAGAAGCCAAAGUACCAAUACACGGGCAUGGGCAACAGUCGACCGGUGACGCCGCCCAAGAACCCCACCAAACGGAAGUAGGAGGCAGCGUGGUGCCGCGCCGGUCCGCUACCGGCCGGCCGCGGCCCCGACCGAGUUCCGCCCGCCGCCGCCAGGGGCGCUGUCAGCACCUCAGGAGACCCGGCCGCAGUGGGCCGCGCCCGACCAUGGCCCGCCCACGUUACUCGGUGUUAGGUAGAGGCUGUUAAAUUAAAGCGUCGGCCGCGCCCAGCCGGUGCCGGGCGCCACCGAGGCCGGCCCGCACGACGGACCACAGUGAGACAGUGAGACAAGCGAGCCGCCACGCGCAGUGGCGCCGUGCCGACGUGUGCUGAUCAGUGGCGUCGUCAUGACGACGACGACGCGUCUCGGCGUUCCGUGUGAUUCGGGGACUGAUGGGAGCGAGGUGGCGGCGCAGGGCGAGCCCGCCCGAGCGGCCGAGACCCAGCCGGCCGGCCGCAGGUGGACAUACCUGAUCGCCUAUUGUAGCGUGUAGCCGAGCCGCCAGCGGUCCGGAGAUCAAUGCUUGUCGUCCAUCGGGCGCCCGGAGCGCCCACGGCGGCGGCCCUGCGCGCCGGGCCGAGCGCCGCCGCGCGCCGGCGCCGACGCCGACGCCGCGCUAUGUAUCUCGUCUGGUCUGUAUGCCGUUCCGUUUGGUCCCGUUGCUCUGUAUAUCUGUUCGCUGUCUGUGCCGCCGUCGGCCGGCCGCCACCGGCGCUGCGCGGGGGCGCUGCGAGCGCCGGCGGCGCCGCCGGCCGGCCGGCCUUCGUUCCUUUACGUCCUCGCCCGUUCUCUUCGUGUUUGUGCACGGCUCCGGCGCCGUUCCGACCGGUCGCCGCCCGUCCCGCUGUAUUAUGUGACAGAGUUUGCCCACAGACUGGUGACAAAUAUAUAAUUUGAAAUGAC